GAGUGCCCAUCCCUCUCUCAAAGGAACUGCAUACAGACUCUGCCAGACGCACUUACAACACAGUUAGGCACAGAGCUGCGCACAUACAGCUUGAUCCAUCAGUUAUAAGACAACAGCCAGUUCCAGUUAAAGGACAUAGAGCUCAGCUCAAGCAUGGAUGCACUAAAGAAGGGAUUCUCCAUGGCUAAGGAGGGUGUGGUGGCCGCCGCCGAGAAAACCAAGGCCGGGGUGGAAGAAGCUGCUGCCAAAACCAAGGAGGGGGUCAUGUAUGUGGGCACAAAGACAAAAGAAGGUGUUGUGACAGGUGUGAACACAGUUGCUCAUAAAACAACAGAGCAGGCGAAUCUUGUGGGUGAGACCGCUGUAGCCGGAGCCAAUCAGGUGUCAGAAAAGACAGUGGAAGGACUGGAGACUGUGGUUACAUCUGCUGGCCUGGUCAAACAGGGGGAGCUCUCGAAGACAGAGGGAACUGAAGAGCAGCCUGCAGACGCUGGACAAUAGGUAAGAACACGAGGAAAGAUGGAUGGCUGAUGUUAGGAUGCGCAUCCCCCAUGAUGCUCUGCUUUCUGCCUAAGAGGAGAGAGUUUAUCUGCUGCCGCCAAUGCCUGAAUGUUAUCAAUGCUAGACCUCAGAUUGAUACAAACUAAUACCCAAUUCCUUAAAAAAACAAUAAAACCCAUAACCCAUCUUCUGCUUACCUCAGUUUCACCACUUCUUUCACAUAGAUAGAGAUACACGGUAUAGAAAUACUCAUGUAUUAACACUUUAUUAUUUAGCUAUGCAAGAUUAAUGUUAAGUGUGCAAUGUGCAUUAUCACCUCAUAUGGGCAAAUAUUACAUGUACGAUCAGUACAUUCUACAUAACUUACAAAAUCUCCAAAUUCUAUCAAGAUAGCUUUCUGGAUUUGUUCAUGAUGUCUGUGGAAAUAAUGCAUGUCAUGUUAAGGAUUCUCAUUUUAACCCAUCAUUUGAUUGACUUCUUAAACACUUUGUUUUAAAUUCUCCAUAUGUAAUAAAUUCAGUUUUGUGAAAAACAAAA